ACUCAUCAUGGCUUCGUAUGAAGAAUGGAAGAAAACGCUUCACUUUUAUUAUUUUAUUAAAUUCACGUUAAAUAUUUAUUCUAUGCUUUUCUCGUUCCUGGGCCUGUGUGUGCUGUGCAUCGGCGCUUACGCCGAGGUGGAGCGUCAGAAGAACCGCACCCUGGAGGGCGUGUUUCUGGCGCCGGCCGUGGUGCUGAUACUGCUCGGCCUGGUCAUGUUCACCGUGUCCGUGGUGGGCAUGGUGGGCUCCCUGCGCGACAACAAGACCCUCCUGCACAUGUUCCUGUGCGUGCUGUCCGUCCUGCUGGCGCUCCAGGCCGUCGCCCUCAUCGUCGCCCUGCUGUUCGAGAAGACGACUUCCGAACUGUUCCAGAAGAACAUCCGCGAGGGUAUAAAGCACUACUACGAUGAUCUGGACUUCAAAAACAUCCUGGACUACGUGCAGCAGAAGUUCUCCUGCUGCGGCGGUGACGAGUACAGGGACUGGGAGGUGAACCAGUACCACUUCUGCAACGGCACCGGGCCCCUGGCCUGCGGGGUUCCUCAUACCUGCUGCGUCUGGAAAAAAGAGGCUGGAGAAGUGGUGAACACACUCUGUGGCUACAAGACUCUCACACAGGAGCGGGUGGACCUGGCUGACGUCAUUCAUGUACGCGGGUGCAUUCACGCCGUCAAUCUGUGGAUGGGCGACAACAUCGGGGCCACCAUCGGGAUCUGCUGCGCUCUGGGGCUCCCACAGUUGCUGGGCAUCCUGCUGAGCUGCGUCUUCUGGAACCUCCUGGUGGAAAUGAGCGAGUCCAUGGACAUGGUCGACUUCAAGAUGCUCAAACACGCCGGUUUUAAGUACACCGAGCUGGACCUGGCCGGCGCCGGCUGGUGCAUGUGUUUGCCCCGCGACGGCGGCUAUCUGCCCAUACCCGCCUCGGAACCAGAGCCGGAAGAAGCCACACACACAAGUCCCGAGCCGGAUUGGAUUUCAGAUCUCGAGCCGGACCAGACACGGGCCGAAAUAAUCCUCGGUCAACCGGAGCCCGGCCGGGGCGGGACGGACGAAGUGGACAACCUGGUGUAGAGUUCAGAAAGGGAAUUCUAUUUCAAUUUCAUUUCAUUUUAUUUAUUAGUUUUGGUUUAAUUAUCGACGUAAUUUGCACUACGUAGCGGUUUUAGUGUCAGCAAAGAGGAAACUUUAAAAAUGAAUCACAUUUACACUAAGCUGUCGAACACUGGACGUUUAUUUAUUUUAUAAUUAGUAGCAUUUUUUAAAAUAAUUUGUACGUUCUUUGGAAUUCUAUGGAUUUUUUUUAUGGAUUUGGGGUUUAGCUAGUUGUACCUGUCGUUAUUUUUAAUUGUUAAUUAUUUUACUCAGUGGGUCGAGUUGGAUUCGCCCUUGUUUUAUAUGAAUGGUUAUUGUUUUUUAUUAUUUUUAUAUGAUUCUUUUUUAUUUUAAUCAUUUUUUAAUGAGAAUUUUCUAGGUAAAAGCAUUCGAAUGCCCCACCACCGCCAAGAGUUUGAGCUUUCUAGUUUCUAGCCUGGCCGGGAGCUGAUGGAGGGAAGGUCUGACAGGGUUUCUUCUCAUCAACGCAGCAACAGCGACUCCUACUGAAAAAGGACCACACGUAGGACAGCAUGACUAUGACAAUCCACUGCUCCACCGGCGAGCUCUGCGGAAUCGGACAUGACUCAAAACUCUUUACCAUUCCGGCGGAGUGAUAAUAAAUGUGUAUUUAUGCAUACUCAGUAGAGAAGCUUGGUACUGUUCAGUCACCUGUAAUAUUUAAUUCUAUGCCAUUUUUAUGCUUCCUCUGUACUGGUGCUGACCCCGCCCUAAUUGAGGAGCGCGAACUGACACACGCCCCCUCCGACGCGUGCUCAGUACCGACUGCAUCUUUUCACCUGCACGAGGUGAGUUGAUAUGCAGAUCAGCCUUGUGUAUGGAGAGUCACACCCUGAUCGCAUUAUUCCUCGACUCAUGUAGCCGGCCAGCCCAGCCGGAUGGCAGAGCCGAGGCUCUGGUGUGGUAGCGUAUUUUAUCUCUGCGCCACCUGAGCAGCCAAAGUUCACACUUUUUAAACGGUUAGUUUAAUAAUGUCCCAAGUUAUUUUGGGUAGCUGUACCAACCAGGUAGCUCUGUCAAAGUCUGGACUGUGGGUGUGGGGGGUGUAUCAGCGUUUAAUUAAAAAGUACACUGGUGUGGCCUUAAUAUCUGAGUGACAUAAUUAUGACAUCAAAACUCUUUUCUUUAAUCGUGGGAAUCAUAGGACCUGGGUUUGAUUCCCUGGAGUCCUUUCUGUGUGGAGGUUGCAUGUUCUCCCCGUGUCCACAUGGGUUUCCUCCUGGUGCUCCGGUUUUCUUCCAACAAGUCCAAAGACGUGCAGAUCAGAGCUACUGAAAAUUCUGUGUGUGUGCCCUGUGACGGACCGGCGACCCGUCCGGGGCGUUUCCUGCCUUUCGCCUAAUCAGUCAGUCCAAAACAGACGAUGAAUAAAUGAACGACAUGUCGGAUAUGCCAAGGUCGAGGUCUGUACAGUGAUUGGACGCUGCUGUCGAUUAAUGUUUACAAUCAUGAGGGUAGAAAUUGACUCGCUGCCUUAGUCACCCCGAACACGUUUGUCCGAAAUACCUCAGGCUUUUUAAAUGCUGUUUUUUUAAUCUGAUCAGAAAGAAAAUUGUACUUGAAACGUAACUGGUGAUGCACAGUUCGAUCGUUCCGUUGUUUGUGUUUCGUUGAUUGUUACGCUGUGAUUUUGAGUGCAUGUUUGUUUAUGUAAAUAAGACUUGGUCUGUAACAGCCUUCGUUUUUACUACACUGUAUCCUCACACGAGGCGCCGAAUAAAAUUUAAAUUGUGA